AUGCACGGCCUCCUCCAGGCCGGCCUCUUGCUGGCGCCGGCGCUGGCCAGAGGCGUCGGUGCCACAGCAUCGCCACAACACGACAAGCCGUCGGCCUUUGUCACCCUUGAUGUUCCAGAUGCCGGCCUUGAGAACAGCACGCCGUUUUUGACCUUCCGCCUCGAUGUCUUUGAGUCACUCACCCCCUGUGGCACCGCCAACGUCACCAUCAAUGGCGAGGCCCUUCCGGAGGACGGCAAGCUCUCACUGCCGCUGGUCCCCGAUUUUCAGGCUUUGGACACCGCCGAAGCGGACACGAACGCCGACGAGACGAGCAACAAGGACACGCCAUCUGCCGUCAUCAGCUGGGGGAGCGACUGUGUUUCUUGGGGUGGCCGGGACCGUGAACAGGUGAUGAACCUCCGUAUCGUUUCUGUCAACGGUGUGGCCGUCAACGACGACGCCGCCAAGGCUCCCACAACCGUCCGUUUCCGCCAAAUCGCACCCGCCCGCAUCGUCCUUAUUCAGAACGCCGCCAGUGCCUUCCAUUUCAACGACGAGCACUUCAAGCCUCCGACGACUUUGACAGCCUCGGCUGACACGGCUGUCGACACCGACGACAGUGACAACACCUCCGACAACGACGCUGAUGCGGCCGACCUCAUCGCCUGGGAGAACAGCCUCAUCAUGAUGCACCGCAGUGUCGCCCUGCUGCACCACAGCAUCGACGCCCGCGAACGGUACAUCGUCGAUCGCUUCGGCCCAUCUGCGUCUCCUCUUAUCGAUGCCCAUAAGUACGGCGCUGGCAAGAGAGGUGGCCCUUGCUCCGGCGUUACUUCGGUGAUCGGCUCGGUCCUGCACAAGGUCGCUGGCACUGCCAAGUCGCUCUACGGCGAGCUGAUUGCCAACACGUUUGGCGAAGACACGCCACGUGGCCAACCUGGCUGGGCCCCGCCACAUGGCCAUCACCACGGCGCUCCUCAAGGUCCUCGCCAUGGUCACCCGAAGGGCCAGCCUUUUAUGUUCCGCCCCUACUGUGUUCCUGAGCAUGGCCGUGCUGGUCCGCCGCCUCCGCCGCCGCCACCACCUUCAUUCCUCUUCCACUGCUCGUCCGUUUUCGCGCCUCUAACUGCACCUGAUGACGAACUGACGACCCCGUCGCCACCGCCGCCGCCGUCCAAAGGUUUCCGGCCGAAGCAUCCUCAUGGCCCUCCUCCUCCAGUCUCUCAGCCUUCCAACGACGAGGGUCACCAUCAUGGCGGUCCUGGUCCUGAAGGUCCUUCCUGGGUGGGUAUGGCUGGUGGUGGUCGCUUUGAUAAGCGCCCUGUCAACAAAGGGGGCGAAUUCCGCGGCCGUAAAAUGCAUGGCUAUGGCCCGGAUGGCCCCCAGCCACGGGUUGCGUGGAAGCAUGGCCACCAUGGCUACGGCAGUCACCUGUUUAGGCAUGCCCCAGUCGCGAAGAUGGUCGCUUUCUUCAGUCUGGUUCUUAUCCUUUUGUUCGUCUUCGGUCGUCGCUGCCGCAAUCGGCGUGUGAAGGAACGCCUGCUUCGCCGAGCCAAUCGCCCAAGAGGCUUUCGUAGGUUUACAACUCGCUUCCAACGGAGUACUGAGGGGUCCCAAGAACGUCACGAGCGCCAACAAGAUCGUCACGAGCGUCGGCAAGCCCGUCGUGAGCGUCGUCGUGAGCGUCGCCGCGAACACAAGGCGUCUGUUCGCAGUUUCUUCCGUAAUAUACGGCGUUUUGUGUUCGGAGGUCACAAUGGCGAUGAGAAGUUGGGCGAGCCCAACACCAGACCUUCGGAUCGCACGAACCUCCGCACACCGGCUGACGGUCACAUUGUGACCAGCACGCCCCCGUCUCGCCAGCACUCGCCCGCCCCCUCUCUGGAAGACGAGAUUGCCGAGUUCCGUGCCGCAGCUGAUGUUGUUGGCCAGAUGAUUGCCGCCGAAGAGGGUCGCGCUGCCAUUGCGCAGACGGCCGAGUCAAGACGGCAGCAGCAGGACGACGACCUGGAGCGGGCGAUGCACUCAGUGUCACCACCGGCGUCCCGGAAUGCCAUACGUCCGGCCCCUGUUUCUGCUUCUGCUCCUGCUGCUGCUCGUGCCGCACCACCACCGGCACCAAUAGCACCCUACCGCCAGCCCCCACCACCACCGCCGCCGCCGCCAUCCGUGGUGAACACAUCCAACGUUGUUGCCGGUUACGGCCGGCGCGACGCGGCCGGCAUUGAUUCGGACUUUGAUGAUACCGAGUCACUGCCGCCUGCGUACUCCCCUGACGACGACGCAUAUGUCAACUUCGUUGAGGCGUCUUUGGUUGCGGACGGUUUCCAGUACCACCCGGGCGCCAACCAUUAA